GGGGGGUGUCGAUGAGCAGCACAGCGCAGCAGUGCACUGCCCCUCAUUGCCAGCGACACAACAGAUAAGAAGGAUGACCCCCACCCUCCUUCAUCGCAUUCAGUCACUCAAGGUCGUCACCUCUUACGAGUAUCGCCCAUUUCCAACCCGGGAUGUCCAAAUCUUCCUCUCAGAUCCACCGCGCAUGGUGGAAGGAAAGCUCCGUCUACCAGAUCUGGCCCGCCUCCUUCAAAGACAGCAACGAUGACGGCAUCGGUGACAUUCCCGGCAUCGUCUCGAAGUUGGACUAUAUCAAGAACUUGGGGAUAGAUAUUGUGUGGCUAUGCCCCUCGUACAAAUCGCCCCAGGUGGACAUGGGGUACGACAUCUCCGACUACUACAGCAUUGCGGAUCAGUACGGCACGGUCGCGGACGUCGAGAAACUCAUCCAGGGCUGCCACGAUCGGGGGAUGAAGCUUCUCAUGGAUCUGGUAGUCAAUCACACCAGUGAUCAACACGAAUGGUUCAAGCAAUCGCGCAGCUCCAAGGACAACGAGUACCGGAACUGGUAUGUCUGGAAGCCGGCUCGAUAUGACGAGCAGGGUAACCGCCAACCACCCAACAAUUGGGUUUCGCACUUCCAGGGAAGCGCCUGGCAAUGGGACGAACACACGCAGGAAUACUACCUCCACCUGUACGCGACCGAGCAGCCCGAUCUCAACUGGGAGCAUCCGCCCGUACGCCAGGCCGUGCACGAAAUCGUGCGCUUCUGGCUUAACAAAGGCGCCGACGGGUUCCGUAUGGACGUCAUCAACUUCAUCAGCAAAGAUCAACGUUUCCCAGACGCCCCGGUCAAGGAUCCCCGGACGCCCUGGCAAUGGGGCGACAAGUAUUACGCCAAUGGACCGCGACUGCACGAGUACUUGCAGGGUAUUGGUAAUAUUUUGAAGGAGUAUGAUGCUUUCAGCGUUGGUGAGAUGCCGUUCGUCAGGGAUACGAACGAGGUGCUCCGCGCUGUGCGCUAUGACCGGAAUGAGAUCAACAUGAUCUUCAACUUCGAGCACGUCGACAUCGAUCACGGCACUUAUGACAAGUUCGAGCCCGGCAGCUGGAAGCUCACGGACCUCAAAGCGUUCUUCGAAACUUGGCAGAAAUUCAUGUAUGAGAACGACGGCUGGAAUGCUCUGUACUGGGAAAACCAUGACCAGCCGCGGUCCAUUGACCGGUACACGCACGCCAAGGAAGAGUACCGCACCGAGGCUGGGAAGAUGCUGGCUACGGUGCUGGCCUUGCAGUCUGGUACGCCGUUCGUGUAUCAAGGCCAGGAACUGGGAAUGAGAAAUGUUCCUAUAGAAUGGGACAUCAGUGAGUAUAAGGACAUUGACUGUCUUAACCAUUGGCACAGACUCCUCGAGCACAAGCCCAACGACACCGAAGCACAGAAGAUCGCCCAACAGGAAUACCAGAAGAAGUCCCGAGACAACGGCCGCACCCCGGUGCAGUGGUCCGCAGGCCCGAACGGAGGGUUUACCGGUCCGAACGUCAAGCCUUGGAUGUCUGUGAAUCCGGAUUCCGAGCGUGUCAAUGCUGAGGCGCAGGUCAAGGACUCAAACUCGACGUACCACUACUGGUCUUCCGUGUUGGGGCUGCGCAAGAAGUAUCUUGACAUCUUCGUGUACGGAGACUACGAGCUGGUCGACAAGGAGAACCAGGAGUUAUUCGCUUACACCCGGCAGUACGAGGAUCAGAAGGCGUUGGUGCUGGCCAACUGGACCGAGAAGACGCUGGAGUGGGAUCCAGUCGCUAACGGCGUGAGAGGGGUGAAAGAGGUGGUUUUGAAUACGUAUAGCAGCACCGAGAAGGCCAAGGAGAGGUUCCAAGAUGGUGGUAAAUGGUCACUUCACCCUUAUGAGGCGGUGGUAGUGCUUGUGCAGGCGUGAUGUUAUCGCUGUUGGGGACUGUACCGAGAUGACAGACUGAACAUUGUCCGGCUUCUAAUGAUAUGGU